AUGGGCAAUAAUUGUUUGUAAUAAAAUCAGACCAUAAAUUAAAAAGAGAAAGUGAUUCGCAUAAACGUGUUUCCUGAUCUGAAGUAUCCUAGCAAACAAAUUUUGCACUAAUCAAUUUAGAAUAUUUAAUAAAAUUUAGAUACUUUCGAAGAAGACUUUUUUAAAAGUGAAUUUAUUUUUGAUAUCACAAACGACAACAUUACAAAUCACUGUUCUAGUAGAAGACAAUUAGAAAGAAUCCAGGAUGAUGAACAGAACAACAUGUAAUGUCCGUCAUUAAAUUUCUUGGGGGAAGCCUAAAUUCAAUAUCAGAUUAAUUUAAACACAACUGGGGAGGAUCCUCUAAAUUAGGCUUUCAUUUAGGAAAAAAAAUAGGAGAGGAGGUCUUAACAGAAGAAAAAAAAAUAAUUGAAAAAGCUAGCGCAGAAGAAUGUUGAAUUAAAGGGAAUUCUAAAAUAACGUAAGCCAAGUCCAUCUUCCUUCAGCAAUUUAUCAGAUAGAAGUGGCAGGAAUUCAGUCAAGUUCAACCUUUCACAGAUCAACAUUAAUAAUAAAAACACUAGAUCUUUAUCUCCAAUAAUUUAAUCACAUAAUUCGAAAAAAAAAAAUGUUCACACUAAAAGCAUGAUUUUUAUGUAAUAAUUUCCUUAUUUAUGA